UCUGAAGGUAAGACUCAGCAAAAUUUCAGCUGGUGGGGAAGGAAGUGUGGCAAGCACUCUCGCGAGGCCUGAAGAUAGCGCGAUGGUGGUGGCAGCAGCCGGAGGUAGGAAGAGAGGACCGGAAGUCCUUCAUCUUGAGCGUCCAAUGCCGGAAGGACCGGAAGCCCUUUUCCCGCGGAUAGGAAAACGGCCCACCUUGCCGGAAGUCCCACCUCCUCGAGCUCCUUCACCCUUUCAGACAUUUUUCUGUCACCUGUGCUUGCCUCUGUUCCCUUUUCCUGUUUUAUUCCUACAGCAGAAAAGGAUACAUUACUGUCUUUCUCCCAGCUCUACUAAAUGGGUCCCUUUCCUGCACACACCCCCUCCCCGUAGCUGAGAAGUAAGGACCUAAGGAUGGCUGGAUCUGUAGGAUCCUAAAGGAAGGGGGAGAGGUUCUCAGAAGUCUGCUUCUGCUUCUGCUACCAGGACUCGGCAUCCUCAGUCUCUCCCCUCCUGUUACCAUGCACCCUGCUGCUUCCCUCCUUUCUGUGUUUGUGGCCACUGUGCUGUGGGGAGUGGCCCCUAUCAGGGGGCUUAUUCGAGCGACUUCAUACCACAAUGCAAGCAUGAACUUUGCAGACCUCCCAGCUCUCUUUGGGACUGCCUUGAGCCCAGAGGGACUUAAGGGGUUCCUUGUGGAGGCUCACCCAGCCAAUGCCUGCAGCCCUAUUGCCCCACCGCCUCCAGCCUGGGUCAACGGGUCAGUUUUCAUUGCACUGCUUCGAAGAUUUGACUGCAGUUUUGACCUCAAAGUCCUAAAUGCUCAGAAGGCUGGGUAUGAUGCCGCUGUGGUCCACAAUGUGGAUUCUGAUGAACUUGUGAACAUGGUGUGGAACAAUGAGGAAAUCCAGCAGCAGAUCUGGAUCCCGUCGGUGUUUAUCGGCGAGAAGAGCUCUAAAUACCUGCGUGCCCUCUUCGUCUACCAGAAUAGGGCUCAGAAACAGCACCGGGGGAACCGACUAACUGAAGAACAACUGAAGCAGAUUCCUACACGUGACUAUCACAAGGGAGACCAGUAUGAUGUCUGUGCCAUCUGCCUGGAGGAAUAUGAAGUUGGGGACAAACUGAGGGUACUUCCUUGCACUCAUGCCUAUCAUUGCUGCUGUGUGGACAGGUGGCUCACUCAGACCCGGGAGACUUGUCCUAUCUGCAAACAGCCUGUUCAGCGGAAUCCUGAGGAGGAGGAGGAGCAGGAGGAAGAAAUUCAGGGACAAGAGGGUGUUGAGGAAGGGGAGCCAAGGGUCCACCUUGCCUCAGAACGGACCCACUUCUGGGCCCCAGCACCACACUUCCCAUAUCCUUUGGCUCCCUCGCCCCAGUCCCCUUUGUGUUUCUUGGGUCUUCAACAGAUGCCUCACCCUCUCCAUCCUCCUCUUCCUCUUCAGCUGCCAUCUUGAACCAAGACUCCCUUUCCUUCCCACCUUUGGCGACCAAUUUGCACAGCCCCUCUUCCUCAGCCCUCAGUCUUCUAUGUUGAGGGAUAGGAGAUAUUUCUUCCCCAGAUUUCUCUCUCACCCAUCCCCAUCCUUUUGAGAGGGUUGGAUGUAAAAGGGACUAGGUCUUCACUUAUUGGGUUAAUAAAAUUGUUUUUUGUGGACUUAAAAAAAAAUACAGUUACAUGUGAAAGCCAUAGGUGAAAGCUGUCAGAAACAAUUUUAAAGAACAUAUUUUUAUAAUUUGGGUCCAGGAUGAAAAAUAAUUAGAAACAUUAUUUUAAGUAACUCAGAGUAUCUUAAAUUUACUUUGGGACACUAACAUUUCAUGUUUGGCCUCAUACUGCAAUUUCUCAUGUCUAAAAAUUUCAGUGCCUCUCCUUUAACCAUUUUUGAUCAGCGAAUUUGAAGUAAUCUAUAUUUAUCUAAGUGUAAUCUACACUUAUCUAAAUUGGCAUCAGUUACUGCCUAAAGAGGGCAAAAUUAUU